UAACACUCUAGUCUAUCAAUUUCAUAGUUAUUCGAUCAAUUUGAUUUUGGAGAACCAACACUGCAUCAAUAAUUAUACUAAGCUUUCUUCUCAUGGCUGUUAGAUCAUGUUCUUCUUCCUUCACCUAUGCAUUCACCUAUGAUGUUUUCCUUAGCUUUAGAGGCUCAGAUACACGUCAUGGUUUUGUUGGCAAUCUAUUUAAAGCUCUUCAAGACAAGGGAAUUCACACCUUCAUUGAUGAUGAGGGGCUUCAAAGAGGAGAGGAAAUAACACCAGCACUUGUUAAGGCAAUUGAAGAGUCAAGAAUUGCCAUCACUGUGCUCUCUAAUAACUAUGCAUAUUCUUCAUUUUGCUUAGAUGAACUUGCCCACAUCCUUGAGUGUGUUAAGAGAAAAGGUACAUUUGUUUUGCCCGUUUUUUAUGACGUUGAUCCUUCUCAUGUGAGACACCAAAGAGGUAGUUAUGGACAAGCAUUGGCAAGUCAUGAAGAAAGGUUCAAACAUAACAUGGAGAAAUUGCAGAAAUGGAAGAUGGCUUUGCAUCAUGUAGCUAACUUCUCUGGCUACCAUUUCAAACAUGGAGAUGGUUAUGAAUACGAGUUUGUUGGGCAGAUUGUUGAGUUGGUUUCCAACAAGAUUAAUCGUGCUCCUUUACAUGUUGCGGAUUACCCUGUUGGACUAGAGUCACAGGUGCUAAAAGUAAGGAAGCUUUUGGAUGUUGGAUCUGAUGAUGGUGUUCUAAUGAUAGGGAUUCAUGGAAUUGGUGGUAUAGGAAAAACAACACUUGCUCUGGCAGUUUAUAAUUUGAUUGCUGACCAUUUUGAUGGUUUGUGUUUUCUAGAAAAUGUGAGAGAAAAUUCAGACAAACAUGGGUUACAGCAUCUCCAAAGCAUCCUACUUUCAGAAGUACUUGGAGAGAAGAAAAUUAAGUUAUCAAGUGUCAAACAAGGAAUUUCAAUACUACAACACAGGCUCCAGCGAAAGAAGGUUCUCUUGAUUCUAGAUGAUGUCGACAAGCACGAGCAAUUAAAUGCCAUUGUUGGAAAACCUGAUUGGUUUGGUCCUGGCAGUAGAGUCAUCAUCACGACCCGGGACAAACAGCUACUAGCGUGUCAUGAAGUUAAAGGUACACAUGAGGUGAAGAAAUUGAAUAAGAACGAUGCUCUUCAAUUACUUAGUUGGAAAGCAUUUAAAUCUGAAAAAGUUGAUCCAAGUUAUGUGGAUGUCUUGAAUUGUGCAGUAGCUUAUGCUUCUGGUCAUCCGUUGGCUUUGGAAGUAAUCGGUUCCAACCUGUUCGGUAAAAGUAUAGAGCAAUGGAAAUCUGCUAUCAAUCAAUAUAAAAGAAUUCCAAAUUGUCAAAUCCUAAAGAUACUUAAAGUAAGCUUUGAUGCUUUAGAGGAAGAAGAGAAGAGUGUUUUUCUUGACAUUGCCUGUUGCUUUAAAGGAUAUAACUUAGAAGAGGUUGAAGAUAUACUUCAUGCUCAUUACGGUGACUCCAUGAAAUAUCAUAUUGGGUUGCUGGUUGAAAAAUCUCUCAUAAAGCUGACUUGGGCUGGUGGGGUGACAUUGCAUGACUUGAUAGAGGACAUGGGUAAAGAAAUUGUCCGACAGAAAUCACCGAAAGAUCCUGGGAAGCGCAGUAGAUUAUGGUUACCGGAAGAUAUAAUUCAAGUUUUGGAAGACAACUCGGGAACUAGUGAAAUUGAAAUCAUAUGUCUGGAUUUCCCCUUAUUUGACAAAGAGGAAAUAGUAGAAUGGAAUCGAAAGGCCUUUAAGAAGAUGAAAAAUCUCAAAACGCUAAUUAUUAAAAAUGGUCAUUUUUCCAAAAGCCCCAAAUAUCUUCCAAAUAGUUUAAGAGUACUGGAAUGGUGGAGAUAUCCUUCACAUGAUUUACCCUCUGAUUUUCAUUCAAGGAAACUUGCCAUAUGCAAGUUACCCCAAAGUUGCUUUACAUCACUUGAGUUGGCUGGCUUAUUGAAGAAGUUUGUGAAUAUGAGAGUUUUGAAUUUGGACAAGUGUAAGUAUUUAAUGCAAAUACCCGAUGUAUCUGGUCUCCCAAAUUUAGAAAAACUCUCAUUUCAACAUUGUCAGGAUUUAACUACAAUUCACAAUUCAAUUGGAUUUCUAGAGAAACUUAAAAUCUUGAGUGCUUUAGGUUGCACUAAGCUAAGGAGUUUUCCACCCAUCAAGUUGACCUCUCUUGAACAACUCAAUCUUUCUCGUUGUUAUAGCCUUGAGAGUUUUCCAGAAAUAUUAGGAACAAUGGAAAAAAUAACAGAACUUCAAUUGGAGUUCACACCUAUAAAAGAAUUGCCAUUUUCAUUUCAAAAUCUUACUCGGCUUCGAGAAUUACAACUGGCUGACUGUGGAAUUGUUCAAUUACCAAGUAGCAUUGUCAUGAUGCCAGAAUUAACUGAAUUUAUUGCGUGGAGAUGGAAAGGGUGGCAAUGGCUAAAACAUGAAGAGGGUGAAGAAAAAGUGUGCUCAACAGCAUCUUCAAAGGUAGAAUGUCUUUGGGUCUCACAAUGCAACCUCAAUGAUGAAUUUUUUUCAACAGGUCUCACAUGGUUUGCUCUUGUGAAAGAUUUAGACCUAUCGAAGAAUAAUCUCACAGUUCUUCCUGAAUGCAUCAAAGAAUGUCGAUUUUUAAGGAAGCUUAACGUGAAUGAUUGCAAGAACCUUCGCGAAAUUAGAGGGAUUCCACCAAACUUAAAACAUUUCUUAGCAACUAACUGAACUGCAUGAAGCUGGAAACACUCAAUUUUAUUUGCCAGGAGCUAGGAUUCCAGUGUGGUUUGGUCACCAUAGCAAGGGACCCUCAAUUUCUUUCUGGUUUCAUAAUAAGUUCCCUGUAAAAGUUUUUUGUCUUGUUAUUGGACCAAUGGAUAAUGAGUCUGGCAUGUUUAGACCUGUUGUUAUCAUAAAUAACAGUAAACGUUUCCUUGAUAGUGGCUAUUUCAUGAUGGGAAUGGAUCACACAUAUCUUUUUGAUCUGCAAAAGAUAGAAUUCAAAGAUAGUCUAUAUGAAGUGCGUUUAGAAAAUGAAUGGAACCAUGUGGAGGUCACAUAUGAGGGUUUGGAAGAGAUCUCAAGCCUUAAAGAAAUUGGAAUCCAUGUCUUCAAACAAGAAGGUAGCAUAGAAGAUAUUCAAUUCGCUGAUCCUUAUAGCAAGAGAAAAUUGGAUGAUGCUCUCAACAGUUCAGAAUCACAAACCUACCAGUUGCUAAAAAAGCAUAGAUUCGUGGACAUGUAAAUUCUUAGGUACAAUUUGUGCAACAGCAACAAUGUAUGUGUUUAUAGUCAUGCAUUCAGAACUAAGCAUGUAGCAAUUUUCAUUUCUUCCUAUUCAAGCAAUGCAGGCAUUGUAUGAUAACCUCAACUAGGAUUCAAGUUGAAUCAUGUCAAAGCAGAUAAGAGGCACCUUUAUUAGUGUCAUAAGGUAAAUUCUUUUGUGGUGUGAUCACAGUAACUAAUUAUUCCCUUACCAUUAUGUUGUUUUACAUAAAUGGAACAAAAGAAAAAUACUAGUU